UAUAUAUAUAUAUAUCCCUUCAAUCUUCUUAAUUAAUGUAGCAGCCGCAGCCCACAGAUAUGGCCAAAAUUAGGAAACAAGGUUGAGCAAAGGAGGAAGAGAGCACACGCUAGCUCUUCACCGCAUGCGGAGCAAGAGCAAGAGCAACCAUCAUUGAUCACUGAUCAGUAGUGGAGGAGAUCUAGAGAGAGGACCGAUGAGGGGUUUGUGGUUUCUUGGGCUUGUUGGGCUGGUUUUGGUGAGAUGGGCUGAUGCUAGUAGGCAAUUAUCCAAUGCAACAGGGGUAGGGGUAGGGGUAGGGGUAGGGGUGGGGGCCGGAGAGAGUGAUGCGAAUGGGGGCGAUCCCUUGAUGGUGGAAUUGACUCUUAUUGAAUCUGCUGUCUCAAAAGGAGCUGUCUGUUUGGAUGGAACUCCGCCCGCUUACCACCUUCAUCCUGGAUUUGGAUCAGGAACGAACAAUUGGCUUGUUGACUUAGAAGGUGGUGGCUGGUGCAAUAAUAUAAGGUCGUGUGUAUACCGUAAGACAAGUCGUCAUGGUUCAUCAAAUUACAUGGAGAAACAAAUAGCUUUCACAGGGAUUUUGAGCAACAAACCUGAAGAAAAUCCGGAUUUCUAUAACUGGAAUAGAGUGAGGAUUCGUUAUUGUGAUGGGGCAUCCUUCUCUGGAGAAGGCUAUGAUAAGGAUUCACAACUUUAUUUUCGAGGACAACGUAUCUGGUCAGCUGCUAUCGAUGAACUCAUGUCGAAAGGAAUGAGCUCAGCCAAUCAGGCCCUUCUCUCUGGGUGUUCUGCUGGAGGUUUGGCAUCGAUUCUACACUGUGAUGAGUUUCAGGCAUUAUUUUCAGGAAGCACCAAAGUCAAGUGCUUAGCAGAUGCUGGCUUUUUUUUGGAUGCCGCUGACGUGGCCGGUGGGCAUACUCUAAGAUCCGUCUACGAGGGUGUGGUGAAUCUUCAGGGAGCAGCGAAGAACUUGCCAGGGAGUUGUACUGGACGCAUGGAUGCAACUUCGUGUUUCUUUCCGCAGAACUUAGUGGCCAGUAUUCAAACACCAACUUUUCUUGUAAAUGCAGCAUAUGAUGUAUGGCAGAUACAGGAAAGUUUAGCGCCCCCAAGUGCUGAUCCUGAUGGUAGUUGGAAAGACUGCAGAUAUAAUUAUCUAAAAUGCAAUUCGACUCAGAUGCAGUUUUUGCAAGGGUUCAGGAACCAAAUGGUUACUGCGGUGGAUGGUUUCUCCCAGUCUAAGGGAAAUGGGUUAUUCCUCAAUUCAUGUUUUUCUCAUUGCCAAUCUGUUAAGCAGGAUACUUGGUAUGCAGAUGAUUCUCCUGCUAUUUCAAAUAAGGGAAUUGCCAAAUCUGUUGGUGAUUGGUAUUUUGAUCGAGCUGAAGUGAAGGCCAUUGAUUGCCCGUACCCUUGUGACAAGACCUGUCACAAUCUUCAAUUCGGCCAAUUUGGCGAGGAUCCUAAUUCCUUGGAUUAGAUUCUCUAACUUAUUGCCCUAUUUAAGUAAUCAAAAGACAAUAAAAACACAAGAAACAAGAGAAUUUCUCUUGCUUGUGCAAAUUAUAUAUCUUUCCGUUGUUCUCCAAAUGGUCGUCCCUCCGCUAAGCUCGUUUGAUGCCUUUUUAUCUUCUUGCUAAUUAAUCAUUACUAGCUUUUCCGGGUACAGCCUUGUUCUUUUGUUCUUUUGUGUUGCUACCUUAUCUCCUUUGCAUCUUAUAGAUACAAGUAUUUGCUUUGCGCAGUCGAUUAUUACAAUCAAGAGAAAAAAAACGAUUGGGUUAUUAAGGCUAGUUAGAGAAACUGGCUCUACAAAUGGUUGUACAUUUGCAAAUUUGCAAGUAACACAGAUAUCGAAACAAGCCUUAUUUCA